GGCUUCACUCUUCUCGGUCGAAGUAUAUGGGAUAGCUCUGUCCAUAUCUUUUACUGUCUAUGAUAACAUGUCGCACCGGUAGGUCUAUCAUGAUUUAGGCAAAUUGAGGACUCUAUUGUGAGGUAACGUAGCCUAGGCCUACUUCCUGCUGUUAGAAUUACUGAGCGCUUCGUGAGACGGAGGCUGACCUUUUCAUUGGGGUUGAAUGUCCUAUGCGCAAUGACGUUGUGAGUGCAUCAUUGCCAUGCUGCCAGGAGUGGGUGUUUUUGGGACAGGUCGGACUGUGCGUGUUCUGGUUCCAUUGCUACGAGAGCAAGGAUUCCCUAUACAAGCACUAUGGGGCCGAAAUGAAGAGGAGGCAGAAUCUGUUGCAAAGGAACUGGACAUACCCUUUUUUACAAGCCAGUCAGAUGAUGUCCUUCUUCAUCCAGAUGUGCAUCUUGUAUGCAUCUACACCCCGCCUCCACACACACGGCAGAUUGCAGUGAAAGCUUUAGGCAUUGGGAAGAAUGUUGUUAGUGAAAUGGCAGCAUCUUGUGCCGAUGCUCUACAAAUGGUUGCUGCAGCAAGAUAUUACCCUCAACUGCUGAGCAUUAUGGCUAAUGCACUGAGAUUCCUUCCAGCAUUUGUCCUUAUGAGGAGACUUAUAGAAGAAGGAUAUUGUGGUGCAGUACAGGUGUGCGAAGCCCGGGUGUACGGUGGCUCUUUGCUUAGUCAGUCAUACGGCUGGGCAUGGGAGGAGUUAAUGGGGGGUGGGGGACUACACAUCAUUGGCUGGUGCAUCAUUGACCUACUAAGCCACCUGAUUGGUUCUCAUGCAGUUCGUGUGCAUGGAAUACUUCGCACGUUUAUGAGGAGGGCGGGGCCUGGCAUCCGCUCGGUCACAUCAGAUGAUUAUGCUUGCUUCCAGAUGCUAAUGUCCGGAGGGAUGGUCUGCAGUGUCACCCUCAACUUCAAUCUGCCUGGUUCUUCUCACCACGAGGUAAUGGUUGUGGGCUCCUCAGGUCAUUUGGCUGUGAGGGGGACAGAGCUCUGGGGACAUCGCCAUGGGGACACAAGGGAAGAACAUUUGCUAAGUGAUAACUCUGCAGCUGGACCUGCUGUAAGAGGGCUUGUCGCUAUGGUUACACAACUGCGUUUGGCGUUUGAAACGCAAAAGGACCGCUGCUCAUGGGAACGGCCACCUGUUGCUAUGGCAGCCUCCUUUGAAGAUGGGCUGUAUGUGCAUACAGUUGUGGAGGCAGUAAAACGUGCCAGUCGAAGUGGAGAAUGGGAGCCUGUAGAGCUUGCAACCAAGGAAACACAGUCUAAUCACAGUCAACACACAGUGUCUCAGUAAGAGCUGGAUGGGAAACUAUGACACUUGCCAGUGAAGUUGCUCCUUUCAGAAUUAAGAAUUGAUCUCUAAACAUCUCUUUACAUGUGUGUGUGAAUAUAGCCUUUGCUCUAACCUGUGAAAGGUAGUUGGACUAAAAAACUAGUUUGCAUAAUUUGCAUAAUUUUCUGUAAAAGGAGAUAACCUCAAAUAUAAUGUAAUGUUUAACUGGAACUGAAAUAAAGUGCAUUUUCUACUGUU